AUGAUAGAAACAUUAGUAUCUUUCUAUUUAACUUCCGAUAUUAACUAUUUUCUGUCUCUUUUUCAGGUAGGUAACUUAAAAUUUCCAGUCGAUUUCGCGUCUCUGUUCACCAACAAGGCAACGACGACCAUCGGAAAAGAAAUACAGAAAAAGUGGAAGAAUCUGAAGGACUGCUUUGCAAGGAACUUGCAGUUCAACGAAAAGUGAAAAGUGGUGAACCUGCAAAAAAAAGAGGAAAAUACAUCUAUUUCGAUUUGUUGUUAUUUCUGCUUCCUUCCAUGAAUGAUCGACCUACAAGUAGUAACACUGCACCUAUAGAAAAUACCAACGACAAUAUCCAAGAACAGGACACGCCCACUCAGCGUCCUAAUUUGCAAGACAACAAUGAAGAUCAAUGAACACACCAACGCGUCGUCCUAAGAAAACACCACAAAAAAUAACGUCGUACGAAAGCUCUCUAUUAAGCAUGCUUCAACAAAAGCAAAACGAAGAGAUCGACUAGAACAAGCAAUUUACUUUAAUGCUUGUCCCCAUGCUACAAAAACUUAGCGACGAACAAAAACAUUACGCUAAAAUAGAGAUCCUGAAUGUAAUGAAAUAUGCCAGGAAUUACUAUGCUCCGCCAGUUGUUCACUAUCCUGACAUGACCCGUAGAGCUAGCUACCAACCGCCUUCGCAGGUACUUCCAUGCUCCAAUUGUCAGCCAUCGUGACACCAGAACAUUCACAAACCGUUUCGCAGUCAUCAAGACAUCCACAAACCACCGUUUCGCAGAAUUCAGAAUGUAUUCGCAAUUUUCAGAUGGUAUACUAUGUCCCACGGCAGGUUCCUCCUCAUGUGACUACUCUAUGAGAUUAUCACAGACAUUGUCAUCUGCACCCUCUGAUUCUAAUAAUGAGUUGUUUGACUUGUCAAAUCAAUAACAUAAAAUUGGUAUGAGAAUAAAACCAUUUAAAAAAUAGUGUAUAUUUAUACUUACCUCAAUCUGACCGAUAAACGCUCUUCAGGUGGCACAGAAUUUCU